UAGGCAAGGGGUCGAUUUCAGUGAGGCUUUUAUUGCUAAAUCCCUCAGAUUUUUCCUUUUUCCCCAUUUCGGGCGGGGGUGCUUUAGCCCCAGAAGCCUCUCAGCUAGGCCCUUGGUUUCAAUAAGAAUGAAGGGGUUGCUCCAUCAACGUGAAAGGUGGUUGAUUGUUAAUUAUUCAAAUUUUGUUCAUAUCCCUAAUGCCAACAAUCUUGUUUUGUUCAAUAAUGUUGUUGCAUCACGUGAUUUGGGUAUUUUUAUUUUUUCGUGUUCUCAAGAUGAAGAAUUGCUAAUAAAUAAAUUUAAAAUUGAUUCGAGCAUUGUUUCACAAGAAAUGAUUCAAAAUUUUGAAGAAACUAAAGUAGAAAUAUCUCCACAACUUGGUGAAUUGGGUUUUGUCGAUUUUUUAUUAAAUUUGUUUAAAUCAUCAAGUCCUGUUGGUGCUUACUUAAAUGGAUUAUAUAGUAUGGACAAACUGUUAAUUGGAGGUCAAAAAGUUGAAGAAAAUUAUGAACGUAUCUGUCAAGCUGCAAGAGAAAUUAAUCCAGAAUUUCAACUAUUCUUAACUCGUCAAUUGAGGAUUGAAGUUUAUUCUUCACGUCAUAAUCCCAAAAAAAUAUAUGUUGACCGUAAAACAAUAAUUUAUAAUAAUCCACGCUUUGAUAUGGAACAUACAAAAUCUUUAAUUGAUGUUGAUAAUGAAUUGAAAAAAUUACAAGAAGACAAGGAAAUACUUAAAGAAAGACAAGAAAAAGUUGCCCAAGCUAAAGAAGAUUUUAAAAGGCGGGGAGAAGAAUAUAGAGAAAAAAUGAAAAAGGAAAAAGAAAAGAGUGAUGAAAUUGAAAGGUAUCGUCACUAUGCAGCAAAAUGUAAAGAUAAAUUGAGCCAAUAUUCUAAAGAAAAACCUAAUUUGGAAGCAGCGCAAGCAGCCUAUAAUGAAGCUUCAAAUAAAAUUUUGGAGACUGCGAUUGGUGAUUUUGAAAAGAUUGUUGACUCUAUGGAAAAUCAACGUAAUCCAAUAAAUACUAUAGCUAUAAAUUGUGAUGAACAUGCAAGAUUAAAAUCUCGACUAAAACAACUUAAGGCAGAAAAAGAUUUUUAUGACCAAAUUCAUCAAACGAAUAAGGAAGAUUAUCAACAAAAAUUAAAAAGACGUUUAGAUGCUAAAGAGGAAGUUGAAUAUCGAAAAUCUGUUUUUAAACAAGUUGCUGAAUGUCUACCACCUGGAAGUGGAGGGGAAGUGUCUAAUGAAGAUAAAAGAAAAUUUGAAAAAAUUUUGAAGGAAUUUGAAGAAAAGCAAAUUCCUGAUGACUUGGAAAGUAUAGAGCUAAAAAAUGCUGAAGAACGGAAAAAAUCUUCAAAAGAUAGACAAGAUGGAACUGAAAAGGAUGCAGAUGAAUACGAAAAAUUUUUGAAGGAAAGAGAAAUUCUUGUAAAAAAUAUACGUUUAGCUACAGAGAAGAAUGAUAGAUGGAAAAAUAAAAUGGAUACAGAAUUAGCUUCAUGGUUAGAACAACUUAGACCAAUGAUUGAUUCAAUUAAUGAAAAAUUUUCUCAAUUUUUUGCAACUCUUGGAUGUGUUGGUGAAGUUAGAUUUGAUGAACCGGAAAAUAAAGUAUCUAUAUUUUUUAAUUUUUAUUAA